AUGUUUCCUUUGGGUACCGGAGUUCAAUGUUUUGGUUUGGUACCCAAGCUUCCUUACACUGAAAUCAGCCCCAGUUACAACUACAUGCCCCACUGGCUGCCGACUCGGCCACCGCUUAUCAUCCGUCCUGGAAGAUCUAGCCGUUCUAAGCGGAUUCAACUCAUAAAAGCGAUCACUAGUUCCGAUCAACAAAAUCCACAACCUCAAGAUACUCUCAUUCAGACAUCGCUAUCAAAUAGCGAGUCUCAUCUUAAAACUGAAAAUGACGAAGCCGAGCCCAAAGUAUCAAAUGAACUUACCAGGCCGCCAGAUCAAGGAGUUCCCCCUGUAAUUAACGUUGAAGAAAGCGGCAAAGAGAAUUAUGAUGGUGAUACCUGCCUCGAGCUCGAAUGCGCAGACGGCGUGGGGGCCGAAAACCAAGCAGGGCUUCAUAAACGAGUACAGAUUGGCGCUGAUCUCACCUUUGACUCUCUAGCCUUGACAUUAAAUGCUCUACGUCUUGCCAUCCGCGACCGGGCCUCCCAGACUGCAUAUCCUGGCGCAGUAGGGACGGCAUCAUCCACAAAUGGUGGAUUUCGCCUAUUACGGGAUAAUCGAGUGGAGCCAUACUGCCUGACGUCCCAAUUAAGUAGGACUUCAGCUACCAAGUUUUGA